UUAGUAUGAGGCAAACCAGCCGGUUACCAUGGUAACAUGUAUAGGGGGAAUGAAAACAAAAAAAUACAUUGGCCUAUUAGUAUGAAAAAUGAGAUGACAUCAUCAACGUGCCAAUCAAUUUAAGGUCACAGCGAUGUUGCAGAGAUGGUAAUGAUGAUGAUGACCCUGCCCCCGCUUCCCCGGGCUGGUCACGUGACCUCCUUUCAUGAACUUUAAAUGGCUGUCAUGCCCUGGAGCGAGAGAGAAGGCGAAGAGUCGCGAACGCAGCUGGAAAGAAAAACGUUUGAGAGGCACCGGUCUAGCGACGCCAGGAUGUCAGGAUCUCUGCUGCUCUGCUGCUGGACCCUCAGUCUGCUGACGCUCUCGUCGGCACUGGUCCACCAGAACCACCAAAACCUCCAGGCGGACAACGACCUGGCGGCCCCGAGCCACGCCGAGUCCUCCUACCUGUCCCAAACAGAACGAGGCCACGCCCCCGCCCUCCUGCAUGUCGAUUCAGUGGAGGAUCACUUCCUGAUGGAGUCGGGCUCCUAUGACGAGGACUCGGCGGUGGCAGCAGUGGCGGCGGCGGCGGCCUUGCAGCAGCAAGGACGCGCCAUGCGCUCGCCUCGCCGUUGCAUCCCUCACCAGCAGUCGUGUCUGGGCUACCCACUUCCCUGCUGUGACCCCUGUGACACCUGCUACUGCCGCUUCUUCAACGCCAUCUGCUAUUGCCGCCGCGUGGGCCACGCUUGCCCGCCCAGACGCACCUAACACGCCAGCAUUCCUUUUCCUGUCCACGCCGGGGAAUA